GGGGAAAGGAAUACAAGUGAGAGAGAUCACCUGGAGGCUGAAUGGAACCCAGUUCGUCAGUUUCUUGGCUCUUUUCCACAGUUUCGAGGCAGUUUUUGGCGUAGCUGUGCCUUCUUCUAGCUUGUUGCAAUAGGCGGCCUGUUUAGCGCAGUUUACCCAAAAAACAUGCAAUGAUGAGCUAUACGCAUUCUAACAUGUCUUCUGGUAGCAGAACUGCUAGAAGAAUUGAGUUUGGUAGGACACAUGUGGUGAGGCCCAAAGGAAGGCAUCAAGCAACAAUGGUCUGGCUGCAUGGACUUGGGGACAACGGUUCAAGCACAUCUCAAAUGUUGGAAUCUCUACCUCUUCCAAAUAUUAAGUGGAUCUGCCCAACUGCUCCUAAACGUCCUGUGGCUAUGCUUGGUGGAUUUGCUUGCACUGCAUGGUUCGCAGUUGGAGAGCUUUCAGACGAUGGUCCAGAUGAUUGGGAGAGUUUAGAUGCUUCAGCAGCGCAUAUUGCAAACUUGUUGUCAACUGAGCCAGCUGAUGUUAAAGUCGGUAUUGGAGGCUUUAGCAUGGGUGCUGCAAUGGCCCUUUACUCUGCAACUUGUUAUGCUGCGGGUAGGUACGGAAAUGGGAACCCAUAUCCUCUCAAUCUGAGGGCAGUUGUUGGACUAAGUGGCUGGCUUCCAGGAGCGAGGAGCUUACGGAACAAAAUAGAAGGAUCACAUGAGGCUUUGAGGCGUGCCGCAUCAUUACCCAUUUUGCAAUGCCAUGGAAGCAGUGAUGAUGUAGUGCCCUACAACUAUGGAGAGAAAUCAGUCCACUGCUUGACUUCAGCAGGAUUCCGAUACCUUUCGUUCAAACCCUUUGAAGGGCUCGGUCACUACACUAUUCCCAAAGAGAUGAAUGAAGUCUCCAGUUGGCUUUCUGCAAGGCUGGGGCUUGAUGGGUAUCGCUUGUAAAUCUGACUGUUUCUGCGUGGAGCUAAUGAGGAAGUAGUACGUAGCUAACAAUAACGGGUGAGAAAAGCACAUGUACAAGUAGGUGUUAUACAAAAUGGGGCAUGGAGUAUAUGGGUAUAGCUAGACUGACCUUUCUAAUUCCCUUUUGUGUUCUGUUGUUUCCUACAAAUAAAGUUUUGGGUGUGCUUUUUGUAUUCCACUUGGAGGGAGUAGAGUGAGUAAUGGUUGAAUUGAUACCGUCUGUGAUCCAUGGAUCUCCGAUCGGGAAACCGUAUCCUAGCUCCGCGGCUGGUCUGCGCUCUUGUUUUGGUAUUCGUUAAUGUAAUAUAAUUAUUACUAUUUUCUGAGUUCA